GGAAGACGCUGCGGAGCUCCUCCUUCUGAUUGGGUUGCUGUGUGUGCGCCUUAUCCGCCCUGGGCUGUGGGCACUUCCGGAUGUCUGGUGUCGGCUCUGCGGGAGGAGAAAUCCAAUGUUACAGAAUGGGAGUUCCUGAGGCGCUGUGACUAAUCCCCCCCCACCCCCGCACAUUGGGGAAAUCCACCGGCGGGCAGAAAGCCAGAGGGAGCACUAAGGGGGGCUAAACCAAAGGAAACCGCAGGAGUCAGAAACACAGGGAUCCGUGACGAGCCCGAAUCGGCGCUGGUGAAAUGACCGAGUACAAACUAGUGGUGGUUGGUGCUGGGGGCGUAGGGAAGAGCGCUCUUACAAUCCAGCUCAUUCAGAACCAUUUUGUGGACGAGUAUGAUCCUACCAUUGAGGACUCGUAUAGAAAGCAGGUGGUGAUAGACGGGGAAACUUGCCUCCUAGACAUAUUGGAUACUGCGGGGCAAGAGGAAUACAGUGCCAUGAGGGAUCAGUACAUGCGCACGGGAGAAGGGUUUCUCUGUGUCUUUGCUAUUAAUAACACAAAGUCUUUCGAGGACGUCCAUCAUUACAGGGAACAGAUUAACAGAGUAAAAGAUUCCGAUGAUGUUCCCAUGGUGUUAGUUGGUAACAAAUGUGAUCUCCCAUCCCGGACUGUGGACACAAAGCAAGCACAGGAACUGGCAAAGAGCUACGGCAUACCUUUCAUAGAGACCUCUGCCAAAACUAGACAGGGAGUCGAAGAUGCCUUCUAUACCCUAGUCCGUGAAAUCCGCAAGCACAAAGAGAAGAUCAGCAAUGGGAAAAAGAAGAAGUCCUCCAAGAGAAAGUGUGCCAUUCUUUAAUGUGCCAACCUGACCCCCCACACACACACACUUCGCUCGUGGAUCAGCGAGAGAGAACCGUGCCAUCACAGACCUGAAAGCAAGCAAAAAAAAAAAAAAACGAAUGUGUGGACUUUCGUUGUUGCCGUGGAAACCAUAGAAUUGUCAUAAAAUUUAAAAAAACAAACAAACAUUGACUACUUCUUUUAACACAACCGAUAAAUGGCACAAGCUGUGCUGAAUUUGCGUCCAGAGGACUUGGAACCCCCCACAAUCGUUUAUACCGUAGCUAUUCAUCAUGAACAAACUGUUUUACCAGAAGGACAAAUGCAAUAGCCCCUUCUUUUUAACCCCCCUCCUUGUUUUUUUUUUUUUAUUUCUCCCUGGAAAAGACGUUGGCCGACAUGGAGGGGAAUAACCUGCCCGGCCUUUCUUACAAACCCAAUAAAGAUUGAAACACUCGCCAGUAUUUUUGUGAACCAUAGUAGGAAGGAAUGCUAGGAAUUGUGCAAGGGUGUGUUGAGGGAAACAAUAGUAAUGGUUGUUGUCUGAAUAUUGGGAAACCUACUAGAAAUAAACAAACUCCAUGCA